AUCCCACACAUUCAAACAUUGGCAUACUCCAACGCCUUGAUAGUGUGUCAAUCUCUCCUUUUUUCUCUUCUCCUCUAUCCUUUCAUAUAUUAUAUAUUUAUAUAUCAUAUACAUAUAUUUUUUUUUAUUAUCUUUAUACAUGAAUAUUAUUUCUACAAGUGUACAGUUCUACAUAGUAACAUAAAAAAUAAAAUAACAAAUUUAAAUAAACCCGCAGUGAAGACGUGGUACAGAAAAUAAUGGCGGACAUAAAAACCUUUGGGAUGUCUUGUAGUGCGGCUAAUUCCCGUAAAAGACUUUCCAUUGAUGGUUAAUUGACAUCCAAGUACUCGGUGUGUAUGUGAUACAUAAGUUUUAUAAUUAACCGGUAAUUUUAUUUAAAUUUGCACAAAGUCUUAACAAAAAAAACGAAGCAAAGAGAAAGAGAGUAGACUUGAUCUGGAACCUAUACUGGAACAAGAUUGAUACCUUGAUAAAAGAUGAUGAUAGAAACGAUAUGAAGACGAACGUAAUAACGAUGGCCCAGUUGAUUUAUCGUCAGGAUAAUAGAGACAAUAUCUCGAUCAGCUGAUCGAGAAUGUGUUUGAUGCGGGUCACCGACAUGUGAGAAUAAUUCAGGAACUCGGUAUUCCGCUCCUAUCGGCGGCAAUAAGACGCUGUCGAUAUUUUUUACGUUACACAACGUUUAUUUUAUCGCGUGUGUGUGUGUGCGGAUGUGUGAAAAAGUACAACAUUGAGAGAUAAUUAUUUAGACACCUUCUAGACACAUUGGAGGUGUGCUGAUUAACACGAGAAAUGGGUAAUAAAAAUAGUUGCUGUGGAUACUCUAGUCCUCAAGGGGGUAGAAAAGAUCCCAUUGGGGAAAGUGGCACGCGAACUCUCGAAGAACAUCUACCUGAAGGUGAAUUUAGUGUCACUAACUUACAACAUAUAAGUGAACGUGAACCUGAAGACUGGGACUCGGAUCCUUCAUUACAUCCUUGUGCUGGGACGAUAUUUAUGGAACGUUCCAAGCAAGCAAUCGAAAAUGGUAUGGUAAGAAAAAAAAGUCAACAUCAAAUUGCUGACACGAGGCCUCUGAAAAAGAGUAGCAGUUGCAGCACUAUUUAUUUGGAUGACAGUACGGUGUCUCAGCCAAACUUAAAAAAUACUGUUAAAUGUGUCGCACUUGCUAUAUAUUAUCAUAUUAAAAAUCGAACUUCCCAAAGGCAAAUAGAUAUAUUUGAUGAAAAAGUCCAUCCAUUAACUAGAGACGGAAUUGCGGAUGACUACGAUAAGCACAAUCCUGAGCAUAAGCAAAUAUAUAAAUUUGUAAGAACAUUAUUUAACGCCGCUCAAUUGACUGCUGAAUGUGCAAUCAUAACGCUUGUAUACCUUGAACGUUUAUUGACGUACGCAGAAAUAGAUAUAACGCCUGCUAAUUGGAAGCGUAUUGUUCUCGGUGCUAUUCUUUUGGCCUCAAAAGUCUGGGAUGAUCAAGCCGUAUGGAAUGUCGAUUACUGCCAAAUACUUAAAGACAUUACUGUUGAAGACAUGAAUGAACUUGAGAGACAAUUCCUCGAGAUGCUUCAGUUCAAUAUAAAUGUGCCGUCAAGUGUCUACGCAAAAUACUAUUUUGAUCUCCGUACUCUAGCAGAAGCUAAUGAACUAACAUUCCCCAGUGAACCCUUGAGCAAAGAUAAGGCUCAAAAACUCGAAGCGAUGUCCAGGAUGUAUGAAGACAAGGUCACUACUGAAGCACUGCGUAAUGGUAUUAAAAAAUGGUCAAGCUUGGACAAUGUUUGUACGGGUGGUCCAAGACGUAGCAUAGCCAUUCUAUCGUAAGAUGCCAAACGCUUAAAAGUACGUGUGAGAAUACACAAGACUUUUUUUUUAUCUUUUUGUUUUUCUAUAAGUAUGAAUCAUGUAUUUCCGACGAUGGGAGUUUCUGGGUAAAAAAAUUGUAAUGAUUAGAUUUUGACCGUAGUAUGAUGACAUUCCAUCGUAAAAUAGAGAGAAAAAAAAUUAAAAACAAGUUCUAGAAAGGAGUAAAAAGAGACUUAAAAUAUGAGUGAUGAAAGUGAUUUGUUACCAGGUUACUAUUAUUGAGAGACACACAGGUGAUUUUAUAACUGCGAUAUUGGUGAUUUAAUUGAUAAUUAUCGUCCAUAUGAAAGAGAAUAAUAAUCAAGUUCACGUCAAUUGAUUGAUAUGCAGUAGCAUUUAAUUGUAUGUUUUUUUUUUCCGCAUUUUAUGUAAACUCAUGAUUUGUAUUUUGAUAAAUCAGUUGACGUGGGGUCUGGAUUAUAGCAGAGAUAACUUACAGACCGUAAGUCAUAGAUAAGGAUAGACCCAUUCGUCUGAAGGCUUAGAUUUAAUACUAUGUGUGUAUGUGUGUUGUAUUUGUGUGAGUGUGUGACAAAUCAGUUGACAAUUUAUAGAAUUCGUCGUGUGACGUAAUUUUUUUUUAUAUAUCAGGUUAUUAGUUAUGAUUCGUCAUGAAGAUUUACUUCAUUCAGUCAAUUAACCGGUGAUGAAUUUUUUAGUAUGAAAGUAUUUAAUAAACUGACGAAUAAAAAAAAAAGAACAAAAUCAAGAUGUUAGAAGUAUCAAUAAAUUGUAAUCUUUUGACUAUUGACUACUGCGAAAUGAUAAAUUUUUUUAAGGAACUUAGUGCAAUCUCGGGAUAAACUUUUUUAAAAUAAUUAAUUUUAAUGAAAUGCUGAUUAAAAAAAAAGGUUUCUUGCUUGUUUAAAUAAUUGUAUACGCCAACAGCUUAUCAAGCUAAUUAAAAUAUUUCUUAUACAAUUUCUAGGACAAUUAUUGAAAGUAAUUUUUGCCAAUUUAUAUAUAUAUAUACAAAUAUAAAUAUAUUUAUAUGUUGCUCCAUCCUCGGACGAACGGGACUAGAUUAAAUGCCCCACUCUCUAUAUUUUUAUAAGACACAAUUUCUCCAUACGAGCGAAUUAUAUAGCGAAUGCACUUCUCUUUUAUCGAUAAUUUUAAUUUGUUUUUAUUUUUUAAAUAUUUCCGUGUGUAUAUGAAAACUAAUAGACGUCCAUUAAUAUCAUUGAGAUUAGAAAAUAAAUUUUUUAAAGUAAAAAAAAGCAAUACAGUUUUUAGAUCACGAAUUUUUUGCAUUUGCCUCAACUCAAUGUCUUGAUAAAUUUGCGAUUUAAAGUAAAAAAUAUAAAUAAAAUUUUAAUUACUUAAAAUAAUCGACUAUCCGCCGAUCACUAAUUAAAUAUUGUAUGCAUAAUUAAUUGCGUGUACUUGAUAACUGCGCCAAUGUUGAUACAAGGAUUUUUAUGUUAGUUAAAAUGACAAUGAAAAUGUCAAUAAAAAUAUUUGUACUUAUGUCUAGAAUAAUGUUAUAUAUAUACAAUAUAUAUGUGUAUGUAUAUUGAAUAUAUAUUACAAUUAUAAUUAUAAUUUAAGCCUUUUAAUGUCAUCAGGACGUAAAUCUGUUCUCAAUGCCGCUAUUUUUCUAACUUCAGCAGGAGUUAAGCGCCACGCAAUGGCAUCACUACCGCAAUAAUCAGCCAACUCUUCAACUUUUUCAAUACUUAAUAUUGUAGCUAUUUGUGUAAGCCGGGCAAAUUUAUCUCUUACUGACCACGAUGUUGCUGCGGCUAAAUAACUAGCCAGUGAUCUUAUUUCCUUGUCCAAAAUAAGUCCUCCAGCCUGUACAGAAUCAAAAUAAAUUUUUUUAUCGCUCAA